AUGGCUGCAAAAAGCCAGGCCCGAUGGUUUGGCCUCAAUACUGCCAUGAAGGCUGCGGUAAUACUAGUCUUAAUACAUCUAGGCGGUCGCAUAAUUGCGCUCGUGACUCUCCUUGCAUUGACUCUUGUCGGUUAUGCAUGUUAUUCUUUAAUUUCGUAUCGAAAGUCGCCAAACAUACCAUCCAAACCGCAAAAGAAGUUCAAAUUUCUUGAACAGGAUGCAUGGGACCAUGAGCUCAUGUCUCAAACCAUUGACUCUUCAAAACUAGCUGCUCCUAUUGUUGUUUCGGCACCCUUAGUGAGUGAAAAGUUGGAUCAACUUACAGAUCUCAUAGUGCAGAAUUUCAUUGAAGGGUGGUAUAAGCAGAUUUCUACAAGUAGUCUUUUUACAGACUCCGUACGAUUGGAGCUCAAAAAUGUUUUACAGAAACUCCAAAGCCGUCUCGCAGGCGUAAACGUGCCUGAGUUUCUCGUGUUCAGAAUAGUGCCGCUUCUCACUGCCCACUACAACAACUUUGUGACUUCCGCCAAUUUGCAUGACUCGGUCUAUUCUGUAGAAAGUAAACUUGCCACGGCGCUGAGUUUGGCUGGCGCUGAUCUUCAUGAGGGUGUCUCUUUAAGUGCUCCAGGACCCGAGUCCCGAAAUCAAGAGAAGCAGUACCUCAGACGCCUCGUUCAACUGACACUCCCAUAUCUUCUUCUGCCCGAGGAGUUCGAAAGCCCGGUGACUCGUAAUUUGGUUCGCGAAAUCCUCUCUUGCACUGUUUUGGCGAAUGUGUUGGAGGCCGUGAGUGAGGGCGAUUUAAUCAACCAACUCAUUGUAAAUUUUAUUGGGUCGACUUUGCAGAGACGAAAGCAGGUUCAAAGGCUACGCGAAGCUUUGCAAGAGCAUACCCGAUACGCCAGUCUCGAGCCUCUCUCUGUACUCCCACCUCUCAGUCUUCCUCUCUCGGCCGCUGUGAUCAGGAAGUGGUCUGAGACUAUCCAAAGAACUCAUACUAAGUCCAUCCUUGAGGCUAUUGCUGUUGCCAUACAAAACGCCCGGCCGCAAAUACUAUCUGCCACUGGGGAACACAGUCCCGAAGUGGCCGCCAUAAGUAAACUUCAUUCACAAGUGGAGUCUGCAAUCAAUAGUGACAACUUGAGUCUCGAUGUGAUAUUGGUAGAAACAAAAAAAAGGCAUGCGUUUCGUGAGUUUUUGCGAACAACGAAGCAGGAGUAUCUUCUCGAUAUCUGGACAGAGGUCGAUCAGCUCAAGGCGCCUCUUGAAGAUAUGGAUCUGACUGAGAUCUCCUUGAAACUCGAGUUUUCUAACAAGAACGAAAUCGUCAGAAUUUACGACAAGUUCUUCUCAAUCGGAAUGUUGAAAAUCACACCCCUGAUUCGUGCGUCGGUUGAAAAAUUCGUAUUCUCAGACAUGAAAGAUGCAGAAGUAUACAAAAGUGCUCGUAUGGCUUUAUUUGAGCUCCAGGAUUUGUGCUAUCAGGAACUCAAGUAUAUUAUCUUUCCUCUCUUUCAAGAGUCGGAGGCUUUUGCCGAUCUCAAGGCGAUGAGCACCACCAAAUUGGCCGCUCGCCGUGCGCCAUCCUUGUCCUUCAAACCAUCUUCUGCAAUCGGCGAGGAUCUGAUAGAGCGUCCAGCUGAGCUGUCUAACAUAAGUUUGGAGGUUGUUAAUGCUGUUGAGUCAGCUUUCGAAAAGAUCAUGGAGAACUCUUCUCAUCCUGACAUUAAACCAUCUUUACAUGUUUCCCUCGAAGACGAGGAUUCUGUUGGAGUCUCUAGUGGUAGCUCCUUAUUUGGUGACUCCAAAAAUCUCAAUUUUCAAAGAAGCAAUUGUGAUAUCAACACAAAUAGGCUUUCAAGACUAUUCGAGAACAACAGCGAUUCAGAGUCGGAAGACACCUCGUUUGACUCAAAUGACAUGAGCGCUUCUGGCAACCUCUCUGACUCUCAACUCAUUAAUCUGGAGGUUCUACUUGCCGCGCCUGGGGAUCUCAAGUUAGAAGAACAAAUUGCAAUUCUUGACAAGGAUAUUGAAACUUUAGCCGAACAGAGUGAGAUUCUUGUCUCCCUUAUUAAGAAGGCGGAAUUGACAAAUAAUUUGAGUGAGCUCAAGGUACUUAGACGCUCCAACGCAAGUUUAGAGAGAGAAAUUGGUUCGAAAGAACUCCAAAAGCAGCAAUAUAUUGUCCAAGAAAAUGAGAACAGUUUGUUCGGAAAAUCGAAAGUUCGGAUUCAAUCAUGUGUAUUGAGCUCAGAAGAGCAUCACUCAUAUGCGUUAUACAUUAUCGAGGUCCAAAAAUUCUCUAGUGAGAACCCGACGCAGAUUGUUGCUGGAUGGGUUGUUGCUAGGCGUUUUAGCCAGUUCUACAAGCUCAACGAAUACCUAAAAAGAAGGUGCCCCGCUGUUGCUGAAAUCAAAUUCCCAAAGAAAGCUGUGCCGUACUUGCAAUUUCAAAAGGUUCAACAGAUUGAGGUGCGUAAGCCUAUUUUAGAGCAAUAUCUAAAGUCACUUCUUUCUAUUCCUGAUGUUUGCGCCAACCCAGUGUUUCGGUCAUUUCUCUCUUCUGAGCAUUUCGAUUUAGAUCGCAAAGACAAGGCACAAAGUAAGGAUGGAAUAUUCAACCGCUUUUACAAGGAGUUUGCACCCAAAGCUAGUGCCCUCUCUUCGAUGCGAGAGGCAACAGAAUCCGAUGAACAAAGUGAGGAAAUCUUACAACAUAUUCGGGAUAUGGAGAGAGAAUUAAAACAAUUUGAUGAUAUAGAUAAAAGUGGAACAGACAAACUUCCUUUUAUCAAACCUAUUUUUGACCUCAUUCUUGCGAUUUUUGAUCUUGGCGCUAGAAACUGGCUCCGUGGGCGUGCGCUUUUGGUUAUUCUCCAACAGGUCCUAGGGUCAACAAUCGAGAAUACAAUCACCAGCUCCAUAAACAAAGUAUUUGAUCAGGAAAUUCGAAUUGCUCUGUUCAUUGCUUCAGCCAUUUCUAUGCUUUUUCCCAAUGGAAAGUUCAGGGAUCCCCCAAAACCACGAACUCGUGCCGAACAGUUGGCCACCAGACAAGAGGCAUACUCAAUUCUCACCAUUUUCAUGGAUGAUACUUGUUCUAAAAUUUUUGGAUCCCGCCACACAAACACAGCCAGUUCAAACCUUCUAGAAAUGCUUCAGAACGACUACCUCAACAAAAGUCUCCUUUUAAAAGUUAUAGACGUGACCUUUAAUGAGAUUUUUCCGGAAAUGGCCAAAGAUGCUUCUGAACUCAACACCGAUUAG